AUGACGGCAGAUAGACCGCUGCGGACCCAAUACAUCUCUUAUGCGAUACCAUACUCGAGCAGUGAUCGCGGCGAUGCUGCACUGGAUCGCGACGAUACUUCUCGACUGUGCCGUCGUCGAUGUCGAAGCCUGCGCAGAAAGUCCACCUUGGGACCGUGGACCAUGUGUAUCGCCAGGGUGCGCCGAGGACGGAGGGCGUCCCGUCGUUCGGAACAGACCAAGCCCGGUCACUCCACCAUCCCAAAGGCAGCGACACAUCCGCGGCGGGAUGACCAUAACGGCAUCUACCACCUGCACGUCCAGCAGCUGAUCGGCGGGCAGCCCAUCGCCAACGCCGUCGCCAACAUCAACCUCGACAGCAACGGCAACCUGCUCUCGAUCGGCUCGACCUUUGCCAAGGUCGACAGCUCGCUCACCAAGCGCGGCCUCGAGCCUCGUGCCGCCAAAAUCUCGGCCAAGAAGGCCCUGACCAACUUCCUGACCAAGGCCAAGAUCAAGUUCACCGCCAGCAAGCUCAAGGAGACCGUCAAGGACAACACAACCUCGGUCAUCGACGGCGCCCAGGACUUUGCCCAGCUCCCCAUCACGGCCUCGCUGCAGUACUACCAGGGCCCCUCGGGUGUCUCGCAGGUCUGGAACAUCAACGUCUAUACCAAGGGCGGCGACGACUGGUUCGAUGCCUUUGUCGACAGCCAGACCGGCGAGGUCGUUGCCGUCGCCAACUGGGUCAACAAGUUUAGCCAGGCCGGGCCCAGCACUACCUACAACGUUAUCCCCUUCAACUACGGCGACAUCUCGCAAACCCCCCAGACGCCGGUCGCCAACCCCGCCGACCAGGACAUCUCGCCUCUCGGCUGGCACGACGACGGCAGCGGUGCCAAUCCCACCACCAAGGGCAACAACGUCCAUGCCCAGGAGAACUGGAACGACAACCCUGCAGGCCAAGACGAGGCCCAGGGCACCCGCCCCACCGUCGGCAGCGACUACAACUUCAAUUUCAAGUACGACACCACCCAGGACCCCAAGAGCAACGUCAACGCCGCCAUCACGCAGCUGUUCUACAUGAACAACAUGGCCCACGAUAUCUUUUACCGAUACGGCUUCAACGAGGCCAGCGGCAACUUCCAGACCAACAACUUUGGCAAAGGCGGCCAGGGCGGCGACUAUGUGAUUGCCAAUGCCCAGGAUGGCAGCGGCACCAACAACGCCAACUUUGCCACUCCCCCCGAUGGACAGAACGGCCGCAUGCGCAUGUACAUCUUCACCGCCACCACCCCCAACCGCGACGGCACCAUGGACAACAUGAUCAUCACCCACGAGUUUGGCCACGGCGUCUCGAACCGUCUCACUGGUGGCUCGGCCCAGGCCAACUGUCUCAGCACCACCACCGCCGGCGGUCUCGGCGAAGGCUGGAGUGACUUCUUUGCCAACAUCUUUGAGCUCAAACCCACCUACAACCGAAACACCCCGAUCUACGCUGCUCCUUACACCGUCGGCAACCCCAAGGGCAUCCGCCACUACCCGUACACCUCCGACAUGACCCUCAACCCCGAGACCUAUGCCACCGUCGCAAAGUCGUCCGAGGUCCACAACGUUGGCGAGAUCUGGACGCAGAUGCUGAUGGAGGUGGCCUGGAACCUCAUCGAAAAGUACGGCUUCGAGCCCGACAUCCAGAACUCCAAGAGCGGCAAGGGCAACAACAUUGCUCUCCAGCUGGUCAUCGACGGCCUCAAGCUGCAGCCUUGCAACCCCGACUUUGUGAGUGCCCGCAACGCCAUCAUCCAGGCCGACCAGCAGAACAACAACGGCGCCAAUCUGUGUGAGAUCUGGACUGGCUUUGCCAAGCGCGGCCUCGGCUACAGUGCCAAGGCAGGAUCGCUUCCCACCCUGUGCCAAGUCCGGGCACUCCCGUCUCGGGUGCUGCUUGUCGCUCGACCGGCGCCUAUUCCUGCGGCCCAGACAACACCGUCUUGA